AUGACAUGGAGCGUACAAAACUUGGUCAGGUCUUUAAUCCGACAGCUCAGCCGGAAGCCGCUGGCACAAUCAAUCAGCAAGAUGUGGGAAAGCAAUAGCGGGCGGGGAAGGCAGCCGGGUUGGAAGGAAUUACGGGAUACCCUUGACGAUGUGCUUUCAACCACUCCUGGCGAGACCUUCCUAGUGCUAGAUGCAUUGGAUGAGUGUCCCGAGCGAUCGGGGAGAAAUGAGAAAGAUCUUAGCGAACGUCAUAAGAAUAAGCUUCAUAUUCUUGCAACGAGCAGGACAGAGCAAGAUAUUCGUGAAACACUGGAGAGAUUUCCCACCGUUGACUUGGAAGCCAAGCUGGCAGAGGAUGUUGAAACAUUUGUCCGCACUGAAAUUAGUAACGGUCGUUUACUAAAAUUCCGGCAUAUGCAAAAUCGUAUCCUUGAUCAUUUACUGGGCACCAGAGAACGGCGGUUCCGUUGGGCUGAUCUACAAAUUACACGGCUGGCAGAUAGCACUACAGACAAACAGAUAAAAGAUGCCCUACAAACCAUUCCUGCAACACUUGUGGAGACGUACCGGGAAGUACUUGACAGGAUCGAGGAAAAGGAUAUAAACAUAGCACGCGAAAUCCUUCUUCUCCUGUGCCUUGCCCCUGUGCCGCUGGACAUACAAACUAUCGCAGAUGCGGUAUCGUUGCUAUCCCCUGAUCUCAUUGUGAAGAUCUGUACAACCGCUCCUGUGAUCAUCAGCGAAGACGGCGCGAUUAGGCUGGCACAUUUCUCUGUCAAGGAAUACCUCGUGGUUUCAAAGGAUGUCGGAAAUGAUCACCGGUUCCGGUUCACAGAACCUAAAGGCCACCAUGAUCUAGCUAUAAAGACUAUCGACCAUCUCCUUUCGCAGAACGAGGUAUUGACAGAGAAAGUCGCUAUGUCGCAGUCCUUCCUCGUCUAUGCGGCAAAACACUGGGACACCCAUGUUGCUGCGGCAGGGGACGUACUGGACAUACAAGGGAAGGUCGACCGUCUCUUCACUGAGCCUACUGCCUACUUCAAUUGGCUGUGUAUAGCUUAA